CAGCGCUGCCUGCAGGACAGGACCAGGCCCCACAGCCCUGCAGGGACACAGCAGCACCAUGUUCGCCACAGUGAGAUUCGGAGCCAACUGCCAAGAGAUGGUGAACCUGCUCUGCUGCGUCCAGACCCUCACAGGCCACCUCAAGUGGAAGUGUCAGUGCAGGCCUGAAGACUGCAUCGAUCUUGUGGACGAAAAGGGCACCCUGAUGAACCUGAGCAAAGUGGAAGAUCCUGCAUCUGAAUAUGCCAGUAAAUACCUGCAGGGAAGGCAGCGCUACAUCCUCAUCAGAGUUGUCAGAGAAGGGAACUCUGAAGUCACCUGCUAUGAAUCCUUGCUAGAGGACCUGGGGAAACACUACCCUGACCUACCAGGUAAGAGCCAGGCACCCACCUCACCUCCACAGAAGGGUCAGGGGUGCAGGCAUGACUCCUGUUCCCACCUCAGUCCUCAAACAGCACAGUGGGACUCUCCUCUGAUGCCCCUGUGCCCCUUCAGGGCUCUCAUGGCACCAAGGGAGGGGACAAGCAGGGCUGGUGUGCAGGAUCCCCUCCUAGUUAAGAGUGACACCCCACACCAGGCAGAGCCUACCCAGCUUGUCCCCCUGGCAAAGGGGCUCAUCUCCUUGGAACAGGGAGGGAAGGACAUCAGGAGAAAUUGGGAAACCCUCAGGUGUCUCUCAGAGGUUGGUAGUGCCUUGCUCAGCAUGUGAUGGGCAGCUGACAAACACAACUCUGGAAGGGCUUGGUCACUCCACAGAUCGGCUGCAGCAGCUCUCAGGAAAGACCCAGAGGACAGAUCAGAGGAAGAAGGGCUCCUUGCAGAGGGUUCAGCCCCACACCAGCACCCGAGCCAGGAACAGGACCACCUUACAGAGCAAGAGGAACUUGGAACUCAAGAACACCCCUAAAUGAACUGGUCACACGGGCAGCACAGCCUCCACCAGGGCCCAAACACCUGCCCAGGUGUUUAUUCCUAGCACAGCAGGAGUCCCCUGCUGCUGAGCUCCUCUUCCUUGGAUCCCCUGCCCCUCCCAGAGCUUCACACUACCACAUCCCAAGCUGCACCCUGACAAACAAGGCACAGGUACCAUCCCCUCCUGCUUCAAGAGGCCCAUGUUCCCCUGCACCUCCUUUCCACCCACCUGCACUUGUAUCACUGGAUGGGUCUGCUUCCCACUGCAGCACUCCAGAGCGGCCCUGCAGGGACUGUCCACAGCCAUCACCAGGAAAAGCUGCUCCAGGGACAGCCGGGCCCCUCAGGUGCAGAAGCAGCACUUUGCCAAGCUGGGUCAAAGGCAGAGCACACCUGCUGCUUCUCCACCCAGAGCAACACAGCACCAGUCUUAAAGACUUAUUUCAUUUCUUAAAGGGAGUUAAACAACUUUGGAGUGGUUCCUCCCUGCUCACACAGGACAGCUCAGCACAUGGAACACUUGAGCUUUUAAUCUCUGGCAUUUACUUUUCCUCUUGGCUGUCACUAAGAACACAAAACAUCCCUAAUAAGGCCAGGCACAGCUCAGGACAUCUCUACCAAGAACUUAAAUCUGUGACACUCAGAAGGAGAUCAGCCUCCAGUAUCUGCCACCAGCAUUUACCAUCUAGACCUGGAUUUCCUCAGAGACCCCAGCAAGGGGCUGAGAAUUUGUCCUUUAUUCAACAGUCCCAGAUCAAAAGGUUAAGACUCCUUCUGCCAUGAAAAAUGCAUCAGUUAAGCAUCUGAAAGUGUCCUGGUUUCACUGCUGGGCCACUAAACUCCAGCUGACACCUCAGAGUUCCCUCUUAUGCCAACAUGAGGAACAGGGUGUCCUGAUGGAGGGCAGUCCAUGGGCAGCAAUCACGAGGCUGUGUAAGAGGAAAGAGCUCUCAACUCCACCUGAUGCCAGUGACCUUGAGAGCAUUGCAUAACCUACUAAAGCUUUAAAGUCAGAUCAGUCAACUGUAUCCAAGUCCCACAGCCAGACAGGUGACACUCUCUUAGCUCUGAGGUCAGGACAGGUAUUCAGGGAAGAGGAUAUCGAUAGAAAAGUAACUUGUCACUGAAAAUACUGUGGGACACUUGUUGGCUUACCUCUCUGCAGCCUCUCCUGUGCCUGGAGGGCAGCCAAUGUCUGCAUCUCCUUCUGCCAAGUCAUGCAGGCACAGUCCUUGCUAGGCUGCACCCCCUGCUCACAGGAAAUACACACUUGCCUUGUCCUUUGGAUGAUAAUGUUAAUGUUUUGGUAGCUUAAUUUUAGCUUGAGAAUUAAAUAAAGAACAUGCACAAGUGAUAGGUCCAAAUAAAUCCUUUUAUUUCUCUGUAAUAAAUACAGCACUAUCUGAAUACUAAAGACCCUUCGGUCCAAUCAUUCCUUUCCUUCCCUACUAGCUCAGAAGUGAAUUACCACUAGAAUACUCCUGUCUGGUCAGUCUGCUUCCUCCAGCUCAUUCCCUGUCUGUCCUUCCACCCCUGUGGAUAGCAGGGCUCUACACCAUGAUCCUCUUCCCUACGAGGG